UAGAAUUUUUUUUUUUGGGAACGAUGGAUAUGAUCAACGUUCUAUCAGAUGAUAUUAUUUGCCACAUUCUAUCUUUCCUUCCGUUAAGUGAGGCUACUUCAACAUCUGUCCUCUCAAAGCGAUGGCGUUAUCUGUUUGCCUUCAGACCCAAUCUUCAUUUAGAUGAUCAAGAAGUGGGUGGAGAACAAAGUUUCAUCGAUUUUGUGGAUAGAGUAUUGUCCGUGUCUGGCAAUUUCCACAUGAGGAAAAUCUCAAUAAAAUGCCUUAAGAGUAUCGACGGGGGUCAUGUCACCCGCUGGAUGACUGACGUGUUGAAACAUGGUGUCUUAGAUCUUGAUAUAGACGUAAUCCCCAAUGAGCCCAUCUUAGUGCCUCUGGAGAUGUUUACUUGUAAGACAUUGGUUGAGCUUAAACUCUCAAGAAGAUUUGAUGCUCUGAUUCCUGAUGAUGUUUCUCUUCCAUCACUCAAGACUCUGUGUCUUACUUCGGUCUGCUGCUACAAUAGUGAUUGCUGUGCUUUUGAAAAGCUUCUUUCUGCUUGCCCUGUGCUUGAGGAAUUAUUCAUUUCUGGCGGGAGCUGGCAAAGUCGAAAAUGCUGCCGCACCGUGUCUUCCUUGACCCUUAAGAAACUUACUAUUCUCUGUACUCAGCUUUCGGAUUAUUGGGACCUGAGUUUAGAUACACCGAGUCUUGCCUACGUAGAAUACUCUGACAUUAAUAUAGUUCCAAAAGGCUGUCCCUUUGUGAUUCUUGCUUCCCUUGUCGAAGCUGAGCUUGAUCAUCAUUUCACUAUUGCUAAUAGCACCCCAACAAAUCUGAUUAAGGGGUUACGAAACGUUGAGACCUUGGAGUUAUCUGGUGCUACUUUUUGUCUGGUAUUCCAUUAUUUCCGUGAAGCAAUACCAGUGUUGAGCAAGCUGUCUCGUUUAUCUAUUACAAUUGAUUCAUUCUACUACCGUUGGGAAUAUCUGUCAAUACUUCUAGAAAAGUCUCCGAAUCUACAGACCCUCGUCCUCAAGGGUCCAAAUUACGACCGUCAAUAUGAACAAGAAUUUGGACAUUCAUGUCCUGUGAAAGUAUUGAAGAUAACUGAGUAUGGAGGCAAGAGUGGAGAGCUAGAGCUUAUGAAACAUUUGCUAGAGAAACUAUCUUGUCUUGAGCUUGUAAAAGUUCGUGUUUAUGCUAUAAACGACGAGGAAAAGUCCCGAAUCACCAAAGAUCUGCUUAUGGUUCCUAAACCGUCCAGUUGCAAGAUCCAGAUCAUGUUUUGUGAGAAUACUAAGUAAUAGUACAUGACAAAAACAAAAUACAAAAGUUUGUUACCUCCUCUCGUUCGCUAAUUAAGUCUCUUGGAUGUUUAAAGCUGAUGAGAGGGUACAGAGAAAGUAAUAA